AUGACUUUCUCCAAAAUCAUCCUCCCUACCCUCGCCCUAGCGAGCUCUGUCUUGGCACAGGGUGGGGGCGGCGGCAGCAGCAGCAACGACAUCUGCAAUGGACCCUCGAUCACCAUUGUCACUAGUGCCGAUGCCGAACAAAUCGCCAACUGUGAAACAUACGAUGGCGACAUUAUCAUUGAUUCCACUGCAUCGGGCCAAAUUGCGAUCAAUGGGGUCCAACAAAUAACGGGUGACCUCACUUGCAACAAUGCGACUCAACUCACGGCUAUCACAUCGGAUCAGAUCAACACGAUUCAGGGUACAUGGAGUUUGAGUGGCCUCACCAUACUCUCCACCUUGCAAUUUGACUCUCUGACUGGUGUAAACAACAUCAAUUGGGUUGGGCUCCCUGCACUGCAGAGCCUUAAUAUGGCUCAGGGCAUUCAGAGGGCGAACAAUGUCUACAUUUCCAACACGCAAUUGAACAACAUAAAUGGCAUUGAACUGACAGCUGUCGGAAGCAUGAACAUCAACAAUAACCCUUACCUCACCGAUGUCAACGUCAAUGAUCUGGCCAAUGUCACCAACUCGCUUUCCUUCUCCGCCAACGGUCGUGACCUAGCCAUCUCCUUCCCCAACCUCCAAGAUGCUGCCAACCUGACUUUUCGAAACGUCAGCAAGAUCGACAUGCCAUCUCUCUCAAACGUUGCUGGGUCCAUGGGCUUCUACUCUGACAACUUCCAGACCUUUGCCGCGCCCAACCUGACUCAAACGGGCGGCACUUUGGCCUUCGUUGACAGCCCCAACUUGGCGAGCUUCUCUUUCCCCUCCCUCACAACCAUUGGUGGUGGUUUCUUGGUCGCAAAUAACACCAACCUCAAGGCGAUUGAUGGUCUGCCCAAGCUGCAGACGAUCGUCGGCGCUCUCGACUUUGCAGGAACUUUCUCCAGUGUCACGAUGAACAAACUCAGCGACGUUCGGGGCGGAUCUAAUGUGCAAACUACCUCGACCAACCAAACAAUCUGCCAGCUCUUCGACCAGGCUCAUGCGAACGGCGUCAUCAAGGGUGUCAACACCUGUCUUACCAACAAGGCCAACCCUGAGACCAACCCUACUGCGACCAGCGGCGGUACCUCUUCCACUUCGACAAGCAGCUCCGGCAGCAGCGGUAGUAGCAAUGCCGCUAUCACAUUUGGUCCCACCACAUCCAUGACCGGUCUUAGCGCUCUGAUUGCUGCCAUUUUCUUCCUCUAA